GGCGACUUCCGCCACGUGACCGGAAGUAUAGCAGCUGUUAAAAUGGCGACUCCCUAUGUAACAGAUGAGUCUGGAAAGUACAUUGCUGCUACACAGCGUCCGGAUGGGACAUGGAGGAAACCUCGGCGAGUGAAAGAUGGCUAUGUACCCCAGGAGGAGGUACCUGUUUACGAAAAUAAAUACGUAAAGUUUUUCAAGAGCAAACCGGAUCUCCCUCCUGGAAUGAAUCCAGAGGAUGCUGCUGCAGCCAGGCAGCAGCAGCAGACAGCAGUAAAGACAGACAAAGAGAGCGAGACAACUGGCUUGUCCAAAGCAGCCAAACGUAACAUGAAACGCAAAGAGAAACGCAAGCAGCAGCAGACCCAGGGCCAAAACGAAGACAACAAAGAAGUGGACGAAGUUACAAAAGAGCUGGAGAAGGUUUCGGUCGCAGCUGAAGAUCAGAACAGCACAAACGCUUCCACGGACCUGUCCUCUGCUACCACAGACAAAGCCAAGAAGAUCAAGAACCUGCGGAAGAAGCUGCGCCAAGUGGAGGAGCUGCAGCAGAAAGUGGACUCGGGGGAGCUGCGGAACCCUUCCAAGGAUCAGUUGGAAAAAUUGGGACGUGCUCAAGCCUUACGUGAGGAGCUGAGGCAGCUGGAGGCAGAUUUGUAAAACAAGAAGGUGUAUUACAAGCAGAGGGGGCCAUGGUGUAGUGUUUUCUUUCUGUAUGUACAUAGGAUUUUUUUCAGGAUUUAGAAUAGACCAUCAUUUAUUCCCAUUGAUGUAAUUCCAGUUUUGUGAAGCCCCAUCCCAUAGCCUUGUUCCUUUUUGUUCUUCCAAUCUGUGAUACACGAAUUAUAUAAAAAAAAGAAAUAAAAUAAAAAGGUAUUUGUAAACAAAAUAGUGCAGUUAGUGCUUUUCAUCCCAAUCAUAAGGACAGUACUAUUUGUGUUAAGUUUAAUCAUGAAUGACGCACAUUACGCACUUCUAAAAGAUGGACUUUGCCAAAAUGGACUUUUUAGGAAUAAAUUAGAGAAGUGAGAAGCCUUUGUUUUUGUUUUUUGUUUUUUCGCGUUGGAAAUUAUGCUUCUGUUUCCUCAUGAUGGUUAUGUCAUAGUGGGAUAUCGGCGCAUUGACACUACCGUUUUUUUGUCCUAAUAGUACUGACUGAAUGAAAGAAUGAACAGAACACCAAGCCACUCUGAGGACACAGUGCAAAGACUUGAAUGGCUGCAGUUUUUUUUUUUUCUUGUUUUAAUAUUUGUGACUUCAGUACUGAUCUUAACAUGUUGUAAAGCAUGAUGUACCUCUAAAGAGUCUUCUAAAACUUAUAUGGGUUGGCCAUUUUUGAACUAAAUAGGAACGACAGUAUAGGUUUUUGCCAGUCAUUUCUUUCUUUCAGAACUCGAUUUUUAUCAUGUGUGUUUUUUUUUAUUGUAGUAGUUCUUAAAUAUUAAGCAGUGUUGUUGUAUUAUUACAUUAAACUAUAAAAGACAUGCA